UGUUUUCCCAAAGCUCCAGCGAUUCAACACUCACUCUCCUCCAUUCACAUGAAAAAUCAAAAAUCGGCAGGUGCCCCCAGACGCACGCUGAGAUCGGAACACGUUUCUUUCCAAUUCAUCCAGUCCCCCUCCGCCAUUCAUUGCCUGCGCAGACUCUCGCGUGGAAGUCUAGCAGCAGCGCGGACGUUACCACCCGCCAGCGCGUAGAAAUCCAGCAGUGCAGUUGCCAAGUCUGCACGGCUGUUCUUGCUCUGAAUCGGUCUGUUCCUUCUGCAAUCAGAGCUGCAAUCUGUACUCGAUCUACUGCUAGUCCUAUAAUAUAAAUCGCGUGACGGAGCUAACCCACCUUCCCCCAACAAUCUCUCUCCGAGGAAGGAAUCCGGCACGGCAUUAUCCUUUUUGGUUGCUGUUCUUCUCUCCAUCUUUCAGGUGGAGCGGACCAGCAAGCCGGUCACCCACAUGGGCCGCGCCUUUACAGCGGCGCCGCUCCUCCUCUUGCUCGGCCUCCUGGCCCUGGGACUGGGAGCGGCAACUGCCAAUGUGGGCGACUCCUGCUCGACGGGCGCGGACUGCGGCGCCGGGCAGUGGUGCUUCGACUGCGAGCCCAAGCUCUCCGGCUCCCACUGCGUCCGCUCCGCCGCCACCAACCCCUUCCAGCUCAUCAACAACUCAUUGCCAUUCAACAAGUAUGCCUACCUCACGACGCACAAUUCAUUUGCAAUCGUUGGUGAGCCUUCGCACACUGGAAUUCCACGCAUCACCUUCGACAACCAGGAGGAUACUGUCACUGACCAGCUAAAUAAUGGUGUCCGGGCGCUGAUGCUUGACACAUAUGACUUCAAAGGAGAUGUAUGGCUGUGCCAUUCAAAUGGAGGGAAAUGCAAUGAUUUCACUGCAUUUGAACCAGCACUGGACACCUUUCAGGAAAUUGAGGCGUUUCUUUCAGCCAAUCCGUCUGAAAUCGUCACAAUAAUCCUGGAAGACUAUGUUCAUGCGCCGAAUGGACUGACAAACGUGUUCAACGCCUCCGGCCUGCUGAAGUACUGGUUCCCAGUGUCGAAAAUGCCCCAGAACGGUCAGGACUGGCCUCUUGUCAGUGACAUGGUUGCAAGCAACCAGCGCCUCGUGGUGUUCACCUCCAUCAGCUCAAAGCAGAGUAGUGAAGGAAUUGCUUACCAGUGGAAUUUCAUGGUUGAGAACAAUUUUCACUUGAUCUCAGAUGGUGAUGAUGGUAUGGAUGCUGGGAAAUGCUCCAACCGUGCUGAAUCUGCCCCUCUCAACGACAAGACUAAAUCGCUGGUCCUCAUGAACUACUUCCCAUCGGUACCUGUGAAGUUUACAGCGUGUCUGCAGCAUUCCCAGAGUCUUGUUGACAUGGUGAAUACAUGCUAUGGUGCAGCAGGGAAUCGAUGGGCUAAUUUUAUCGCAGUCGAUUACUACAAGAGAAGCGAUGGAGGGGGUGCGUUCCAGGCAACAGACUUGCUCAAUGGUAAACUGUUGUGCGGGUGCCAGGAUGUCAGGGCAUGCUUGCAAGGUUCUGGCGUUGUAUGCUCUGCAUGAAUCCAUAAGGAAUAGACAAUUUUAUUGGAUUGGUACAUUCAUAUAGGAUAACAGAUAUGCAACAGUUACUUGGCAUGGUGAUGACAAGGCUUCUUCUGCAUGAUCUUGCUGUUGUACAUCCUCAUUGUGUGGUUGAAUGCACGGGAAUGUGAUGAUUGUAGUCUCAAGGGGGGACAUUGAUAGAAAGUAGAUUACCUUAGAGUGAUGCAACGAUACACCAGUGUAAACGAUAGAAAUCUGGAAGAAACAACACCAAUUUCAUGUUUGUAAAUGGAAAUUUUCUUUUCAAAA